AUGGAGAAUUGCUCUGGAAAUGGGGUUCAUGAUUUCAACAUGGCUUCAAGAAAAGCUGAAGAAGCGGCUUGGAGACGAUAUGAGGCAACUCAGUGGCUAGAAAGCCAAAUAGGUCCUCUUGGCAUAUCCAACCAGCCCACAGAGAGAGAACUUAUUUCUUGCUUGAGAAAUGGUCUGAUUCUUUGCAAUGCCAUUAACAAGAUUCAUCCAGGAGCAGUACCUAAGCCUUUACCUGCCUAUCAGUAUUUUGAAAAUGUCCGCAACUUUCUGGUUGCAGCAGAAGAAUUAAAGAUUCCAGCUUUUGAGGCUUCUGAUCUUGAGAGGGAUAGUGUAGAUAUGGGAUCAGCAGGAAAAGUUGUUGACUGCAUUCUAGCACUUAAAUCAUUUCAAAAGUUGAAGCAGAUAAACAAUCAGAAUGGAUCCAACAUAAAAUCUCCUUUACUUAUGAAGUCAUUGAGUAGAAUGCAUUCAAGAGCCACAACCGCAUUCCCAUCAGAUGCAUGUAGGCGCUUGGAUUUGCCUGACACAUUGGAAAAAAUGCCUCCUGUUGAGAGUAAUUUUGAGAAACGAGAAGCAGAAAUUGUGGAAUCACUUGUCAAGGUGCUGGUUGACCGUAUGUUUGAUGCCAAAGAAAAUAUUGAUGGAAACAUUAUUGAAUCUCUUCGUACUGAACACCCGGAUCCAAUAAAGCUAUUGAAUCAGAUCAUAACAAGUUGUAGUAGGGAACAGCCACCUACAAAGUCCCCUGAGUUGUCAUUGCCGCUAAAGGAUUUAAUAAAAGAAAGGAGUAGCUUACCACCUCAUUUCACUUCCACAAACACACAAUCUGAUGCUUUAUCUGCACCUGAAAGUUCCAAGUGUGGCAGAGCUUGCCCUGGAAAGUGCACUUGCAAUCAGGAGCAUCUCUUAGACAUGCAGGAAAAGGAACUUCUGGAUCUCAAGGCUUUGAAGUUGAAAAUUAAGAAUGAGUUUGAAGAGAUGCAGUCACAGUUUCAGAGAUUUUUUAAUGAUAUUGGAAGUCAAAUACGGGAUAUGUCAACCAAAGCUCUGGGAUAUCACAGAGUGGUAGAAGAGAAUAGGAAACUAUACAACAUGGUCCAAGAUUUGAAAGGUAAUAUUAGAGUGUACUGCAGAAUCAGGCCCUCAUUCCGGCCUGAAUGCAAGAAUGUUAUUGAUUUCAUUGGGGAAGACGGUUCUCUAUUCAUUUUAGAUCCAUCACGAACACUAAAAGAUGCAAGGAAACUUUUUCAGUUUAAUCGGGUUUUUGGUCCAACAACUGGCCAAGAUGAGGUUUUUAAGGACACCAAACCAUUAAUAAGAUCCGUGAUGGAUGGGUACAACGUCUGUAUUUUUGCUUAUGGUCAAACUGGAUCCGGGAAGACUUACACCAUGAGUGGUCCUGAAGGUGGAACAUCUAAGGAUAUGGGGAUCAAUUUUCUGGCUCUUAAAGAUUUGUUUCAAAUUUCUAAUCAAAGGAAGGACAUUAUACAGUAUGACAUUUAUGUUCAAAUGGUUGAGAUUUACAAUGAACAAGUUAGAGACCUACUUUUUGCCUCCUUAACUAACCUCAAAUUAGAGAUCCGUAGCUGCAAUGACGACGGGUUGAGCCUUCCUGAUGCUAUAUUGCGUCCGGUGAAGUCUACAGCUGAUGUUAUGGCCCUCAUGAAACUUGGUGAGGUUAAUCGUGCCGUCAGUUCCACUGCAAUCAACAAUAGGAGUAGUCGUUCUCACAGUGUACUUACUGUGCAUGUUCAUGGCAAAGAUACAUCUGGGAGCACCAUUCGCAGUUGCCUGCACUUAGUAGACCUUGCUGGAAGUGAACGAGUAGACAAGUCUGAAGUCACAGGGGAAAGACUAAAGGAAGCACAAUUUAUUAACAAGUCUCUUUCCUGUUUGGGAGAUGUGAUCACAGCCCUGGCUCAAAAGAAUUCUCACAUCCCUUACAGGAACAGCAAGCUCACACUUCUAUUGCAGGACUCCUUAGGUGGACAUGCUAAAACGUUGAUGUUUGCUCAUGUGAGUCCGGAAGCAGAUUCCUUUGGUGAAACAGUGACUACUCUAAAGUUUGCUCAGAGAGUUUCCACUGUGGAACUGGGGGUGGCCCGUUUGAACAAAGAAAGCAGCGAGGUUAUGCAACUUAAAGAACAGGUUGAAAACCUUAAGAUUGCACUGGCAAAUAAGGAAGCUCACAAAGCAAUGGAAGCUCACAAAGCAAUGUUCAAUAGAACUAAAGAACCGUACUCUCCAUUAGAGAAACCAACACUGGUGUCUGAGAAAACUCCAUUCCGCCCUAGAAGACUUAGCAUUGAGAAUUGCAGCGCCACAAAGCCAGACAACAAAUCCCCAGACAACAAAUCUGUGAAACCUGAGGACAAAAGUGGAGCCAAAUCACCGCUUCUCAUACCUCGUUCAAGAAGAUUAAGCUUGGAAGGUUCAAAAAUUGUUAAACGAAAAGCAUCAGCUGAUAUAAGCAAAACUUUACAAUAUGAGUCAAUGUCUCUGCUGAAAUAUCGUCCACUGCAAGAUCCAGAAGCAGUGUCAAAGCUAAAUAGCCAUUUCAGCAAUGUCAAUUCCAGUUCAGAGUUGCAAGCCAAAGCUCCUAAAAGUCCUAAAAGCAUUAUCAGUCAGAAGAGAUUGAUUAAAGUGGAUAAUGGAAUCCAUAUUCAUCCUCUUGAACUACCUCAGAAACCUGAACCACCAGUGCUAGAUAGAAAUGAUGCACAAGGAGCUGUGCCGAGUGACCUUAUUACAUCUUGCAAUGAUUCCCAGACAACAAAGGUGCUAGGUAGCACAAAUGGAAAAGCAUCCCAGAUAAGAAAAUCCUUAAGAUCAAUUGGUAAACUGAUUAAUGGCCCUGAUAAGAGGGGCCAACAAAUUAUUAUGGUUGAAGUCAAGUCACCCAUCAAGGGAGGUGUAAGGAGGCAAUCUCUUGAAGGACCAAACUACUCCCGCAGAUCUUCUAUUGGAGGGAAGCCAAUAGCAUAUGAAAAGGACAGAAAUGCUAGAACACCUCCUCCUGACUAUUCAGCCACCAAGGCUUCAAAACGGUGGCUAUAG